AUGUGGGUAAAUUGGGUUAAGGUCUAUUUGAUCAGAAAGAAUUCGUUCUGGAUGAUUAAAGAAAACACUCAAAUAGGAUCCUGGAUGUGGAAGAAGAUUCUAAAGUACAGGGAUCUAGCAAAGAGGAUGUGUAAGGUGGAAGUAAAGAAUGGGAAGAAAACUUCUUUCUGGUUUGAAAGCUGGUCUUCGAUGGGCUGUUUGAAAGACAUUCUGAGUUCUGGAAGUCAUAUUGAUAUGGGGAUAUUGGCUAGCGCAACAGUCGAAGAAAGCUGGAAGCAUAGAAGAAGAACUCACAGAGUAGUAAUCCUAAACAGAGUGGAGGAAGAGAUAGAAAAGAGUAGAAGUAAAAGAAGUGAAGAGGAAGAUGUGUCUUUGUGGUUGAAUGGGAAAGGUCAGACUAAGAAGGUUUUCUCAUCUAAAGAAACUUGGGAGUUUAUUAGAGAGAAGCACCAGAAUUGUUAUUGGCAUGAAGCAGUGUGGUUUAAACAUUCAACGCCGAAGUACUCUUUCAUUUUAUGGAUGGCUAUGAAGGGAAGGCUUGCGACCGGAGACAGGAUGAUAGCCUGGGAUGGAAACAUAAAUGUAUCUUGUGUCUUAUGUAAAGAGCCAUUGGAAAUAUUGGAGCAUCUUUUCUUUGGGUGCAUCUACUCGGCUCAGAUUUGGGAAGUCUUGAUGAGGGGUAUUUUGAGAGAGCAAUUCACUCUGAAUUGGGAAGAGAUAAAGAGAAUGAUGGUAGACAGGAGAAGAGACAAGAUGCAUAUGUUUCUCAUCAGAUAUAUGGUUCAAGCAACUGUGUAUAUGAUAUGGAGAGAGAGGAACAGGAGAAGACAUGGAGAUGCUGAAGCUCCAGCUGCUCUAUUGAUAAAACUACUCAACAAAAACAUGAGAAACAAACUCACUUUGAUUCAGAGAGGAGGCAAUAACAAGAUGGGAGAGGAGAUGCAAUAUUGGUUUGCAACAAGAUAG